AUGGGAAGUUUCCCAGGCCUCGUCGCUGUAGCGUGGCUGUUGGUGAUAUACACAGAGAGAUCCUAUGGCGCUGUACCACAUGCGCCGCAUGACAGUCGCUACGACGUUGAAGGACCCACUUGCGUGGAUUCCAGCGGAGACACAGACACAUGGAUAAGUAUGACACUCUCGUACAUGGAUAAGUACGAGGGGGUAUUGAGGAGAAUGAUGUCCGUGAACAGUAGCGUGGAGUGGCAGAUGGAACUGGAAGAGAAGAGGAGCGUGGAUUGUAGGGUGGAGGUGCUGCUGAUGCAGCUGGUGGAGGAACACCUGCAAGGUUGUCAGCUGAUUGUGGUGACGGAAGGAGGUGACGUUGACGCCUCCGGCUUCAUGAGGUUCUUGCAUGACGCUGAGGUAUGGAAACAGCCAGAGACGCGGGUGGUGGUUGUAGGUCCUCCUGAAGGAGCAAGCCAACUCCUGCUCCACCCUAUACUCAGAAACACCGUCCAUGUACUUUAUCUCGCUCCUACGAGUCCUCUCACGUCAGUAACUACCAAAGACCAGAACACUCCUACAAGCCCUUCCCAUGCUAGCGAGGCGCCCCUCAAAGCCAAUGACGGGCUUCUCGCGGUUCCUGAAGGUGGCGGCAACAGGGAUGCUAUAAGGAAAGCCAGGCACUCUGUGGUCCACAUCUACAGCCGCUGCCUCUACUGUCGUGGCGGGAUGGCUGAGGCACAUCAUGUAGACACGUGGGACUUACACACCGGGUUCCUCGAGGCUGCUCCUUUGUUUACAGAAAAAGCAGAGAACAUGAAUGGACACACGCUCAAGGUUGUGGCUUUGCCCUUCUUUCCUUUCAUCGAGUUCGACCAAGAUGCGUCCACAGCCGGAGCGACAGUCACUCCGCAUGAUUCACUGGAUCUGCGCAUGCUCCGAGAGAUCGCUUCCAGACUCAAUUUCACGUUCGAGAUCCGAACACCAGUGGAUGGGGAAUGGGGCGCCAAGAAAACGGACGGGUCGUGGACUGGCAUGGUGGGGGAAAUGGCUAGGGAGGAGGCUGACCUGUCCUUCUGCGUCUUCAACUCCUUCCUGCGGAGCCAGAUCAUCCAGUUCAUGAGGACGUACGCUGGAGAGCCACUGGUGAUGGUCUCCCACAAGCCCAGUCCACUACCACAGUACCUCGCUCUAAUCAAACCUCUUCAACCUGUGGUGUGGGCGGGGGUUGUGGGUGUGUGUGGGGUGGCGGGGGUCGCCCUGUGGAUGCUGCAGCGAGGAUCUCAUCUCGUGUUGAGUACCAGAUCCUUCAGCCUGGUCGAGUCCCUCUUGCAAACCUUGGGCGUUCUCCUGGAGCAGCCGCCUCUAAGGAAACCUGGCAAGUGGACAGGAAGGAUGUGGGUAUUGUGUUGGAGUGUAUUCAGCUUGUUGGCCCUCUCCAUGUAUCGUUCGUCCCUGGUGGCCUAUCUGUCCGUCCCUCAGAUGAGCGUCCCCGUUGACAGCAUCCAGCAACUUGUGUCCCAGAAGGGGUGGACCUGGGGAAUCGAACCUGGGUACGGCCUCGGGUGGGAGUGGCUGAGAUAUAGCAACAACACCGAUGUCAAGAAGGUGUUUACUAAGCUCGAGAUACUCAGCUUGAAGGAGCAGAUGAAGAGGGUGUUGGGUGGCCAUCAUGCAUUCUUUACCUGGAGGAACUACAUCAAGACGCUUCUCGCUGCUAACUACACUGACCGCUUCGGCAAUUCCCCUGUUUACGUCAGCCGCCAGUUGUAUGCUGACAGUGGUUGUACUUGGGGGUGCAGGAAGGGGGCACCCUUCUUCCGGCAGCUAAACGGCCUGCUUCAGCGUCUCCUCGAAAAUAGUCUCGUCGAUUUGUGGCUUAGAGAAAUCUUCCGGAAUGCGACGCAACGAUCCAGAAAUCAUGAGAGACCCAAUGAUGAACCUGCUGUGGAUGACACGAACGUGGUGUUGGGCUUGUACCACCUUCAAGGGGCCUUCUACCUCUAUUUCAUGGGUCUUGGAUUUGCUGCACUCGCCUUCCUACUGGAGAAGAUUGCAUUCCUGCGCCUCCGUCUAAAGUCCUCUAUCAGUCACUGAUUGAAAACUGUGCCUCUGUUUGUCGUCAAACAGAAACGGGAU